ACAGCUCCACAAACAAGUUGAGUGAUGGCGACUUUUUUAACGACAUCUUCAUUCUUCAGACUAUAACAACAGAAGCAGACCUUAAAAGAAAAGCGUUUACCAUUAUCCUGCACAGGAAUUAGGGAGAAAAAAAAAGAAAAAAGAGAUGAAGAAUUCUGGUAUUUUCUUUCUGAUAUCACUCUUAACAAUUUGCAUCAUAACCAUCCGUGUAAUGGGUCAAGAUAGCACAAACGAAACGACAAUGUCGCUACAACAACUACUAAUUGCUGUUCCUGUUAGAGAUGAGUUGAACGAAUUUGUAAGGGUCAUAAAAUCGAGCGACGGAGAGAUACAGAACUACACUGGUUUCUCCAUCAAGAUGUUCGAAGCAGCGGCUGUGAUCGUUGGCUCUUCGUUUAAGUACAAAUUCGUUCCCUACACUAUGCCCAAUGGGGCCUUGAAAGGCAGUUUUAAUCAAAUGCUCCUGGACGUGCAGGAUAAGGAGAAGAAUCUCCACGGUGCAGUUGGGGAUAUAACAAUAUUAUCCCAAAGAAUGAAUUGGGUGGAUUUUACAACACCAUACUUGGACACCGAGGAGCGUAUUCUGCUACCGUUGCGGGGAGAAAGAGAUGUGCUGAAACCAUUCACAACAAUAAUUCUGGUUGUAGCCGUUACAUUGGGCUUUGGCAUCUUGGUUGCAGUAAUGUUCUGGAUUUGGAAACUUUGUAAGUACAACAAUGCAUCAUCGUUGACACAACCCUCAGGGAAUAGGGAUGUCUACUGGAAAAGAACGAUACUGGGAUCCAUAAUGUAUACAAGAGCAGUGAUUAUACUAGUCCUUAUGGUGUUACUUGUCAUUAUAGCUUGUUAUGUGCCACUCCAAAUUUCAUUCAUUUCAACACAACCUCUAGUUAGUGACAUUAAGGACCUGAAUGACCUAAUCAGGAAAAGAUCGAUCGUGGGCUAUCGACUAGGAGCCUUCAUGAAUGAUACAUUGGUUUAUAAUCAAGUGCCAGAAUCACAAUUAAGGGAGUUGCGGUCACAAGAUGAAAUGUAUAUCAAGUUAAAAAAAGGAGGCAAAAAUGGCGGUGUUGAUGCUGUUGUUGCUGGGGUACAUCAUCUCAAGAUGUUCCAAGACAAAUAUUGUAAUGAAUUUACCCUUGCUCCACAUUUUCGUCUCCCAUCUGCAGGAUUUGGCUUUGCUUUCCAAAAACAUUUACCUUCAGAAUUUGCUACUACAGUAGAUAAAUUCUCGGCAGCAAUUGUGCAACUUAUUGACAAUAAUAGAAAAAUCAGUGAGAUUCGAGCAUCAACAAUCGGUGAUUUGGAUGAUGUAUGUCAAGAUAAGACUCAAAGAUUGCAAGAUCGUCUUUCUCUCUGGUUUCCAGUCGCAAGUGUCAUAUUUGUGGUAGUUCUUGUGAUUGCCAUGCUUAUAUCUUACAGCGGAACACUCAUGUGCAUGAAGAAGUAAAAUAAGUUGUCAGUCUCCCAACACGCACCUAUAUUACCUUGCUGUAUAUAACAUGUACUAUAAUAAUGUUUUAGUUCAUUUCUAAUUUAAAGAGUUUUCUCAUAGCCCCAUUAUAUUUUGUCUUUCCCCUUUCAUUUCUCUUCUUCUAGAUCUUUAACGCAUGUUCCUUGUAAGCUUAUAAUGCCAUCGAUCAAUUUCUAAAACUAUACUCUAAAUUUAAAUAAUAUAUUUAGUAUUCUAAA